AUGGAUGGCAUCUCAAGCGAACCCAACCCGCUCGGGUCAUGCCCCGUUCAGCCAGUGGCCAGCAAAAUGCCAGGCGCCGAGAACAAGCUGCAACACCCACGCGUGAAGAUUCCAAGCAGCGCAUCUGCUGUGCUUCUAGAGGCCAUCAAUUCAGCAGACAUUACCUCCGAAGCAGGCGAGCGUCCGCCAAGUCCCCAGAGGAACGGAUCUAGCAACCUGCUCCGCAAGACACGCCGUGACGAUCCAGAGAGAGUCAAGGCCGUCACUCAGGCGUUGCACCGAUCUCUGCUAAUUACAGCGGAAAUAAAAACCAACGUCAUUAUUCGCAACGAGUGUAGAGUGCUACAAGGCCUCUCUUCCUACCUAUCGACAGCUUACAACCAACCCGAAGAAUCAAUCAGCGUGAGCAUGAGCCAUAGCGAUUGCAUGCUAUUUCAAAACUCGCUCAAGGCAGCGUGUAUUGUCACCAUUCACGCGCUUCCCUUCAAACUAAAGGCUACUGCGAAUGCCAAGAUUAUACCACCGCUAUCGAAGUACUUGACCUCGCUGAUUCGCGUUAAACCUGAGAGAAUCGCCAUUCGCUUUGUGGCUGUAGACGAGCACAUGUUUGGCAUGUAUGGCUUGACUGUCUCCGAGAUGGUGGAAAAGGCGUUAAACAGCGAUCUGGGGUAUAAUUUAAAGGAAAACAAAGCUACAGAGAUGGUUGAUCCAUUCAAAACACAAAAUACAAACGACGCCAAAGAAGCUAAUCGCAACACCUCGAACGCAAACGAGCACGCCAUUCAGAACAUGGAGGCUCUACGAAGUCCCCCAGCAAAAGACGGCGAAGUGGCCACGGGGUUGCCCAUUAAGGGUAAGCCUCGUCUGCUUCUGAUGGGCCAAAGACGGAGCGGCAAGUCGUCCAUUUCAAGCGUCGUAUUCCAUAAGUUGCCCCCAAACGAGACACUGUUUCUCGAAUCCACAGCCCGCAUUCAAAAAGAUUCUAUGGCCUCAUUUAUGGACUUCCAAGUAUGGGAUUUUCCCGGUCAAAUCGACGUCUUUGAGAACCCCGACUUCGACAUGGAUGCCAUCUUUGGCGAAAUCGGUGCGCUUAUUUGGGUCAUUGAUGCCCAAGACGACUAUCUGGAAGCCGUAGCGCGGCUCAACGCAACCAUUCUUCACCUACAGGGCAACUAUCCCAACAUUAACAUAGAAGUCUUUAUCCACAAAGUCGAUGGCUUGUCGGACGACUACAAGCUAGACAUCCAGCGCGACAUCACGAUCCGUAUCCAAGACGAGCUGUCUGACCACGGCUUCGAAAACGCACCCGUCACAUUCCACCUCACCUCCAUCUACAACCACUCCAUCUUCGAGGCGUUUUCCAAAGUCAUCCAGAAGCUCAUCCCACGCCUCGGCACGCUCGAAUCUAUGCUCACCAACCUCUGCCGCACGUGCCGCUUUGAAAAGGCGUAUCUAUUUGAUGUCCUCUCCAAGAUCUACAUUGCCACGGACUCGGCAACGGCCGACAUGGCCAGCUACGAAAUCUGCAGCGACUAUAUUGACGUCAUCAUCGAUAUUACCGAAGUCUACGGCACAUGGCAGCGCAGCGAUGAAAGCGUAAAGCGUGUCGAGGCUGAGCCAUGGGGCGCAAAGCUCGAAGAUCAGGUGGGCUGCCAGACAGCCGAGAGCUGUCUCGUGCUCUACGAUAGCAACAAGCCCAUUAUGCUGAGAGAGGUCGACCGCUACCUGGCUCUCGUGGCCAUUAUGACAGACGACUCGUACGACCGAAUGCCACUGGUGAAUAUGAAUGUCGAAGCCGUGGUUGACGGCCUCACUGAGUUUUUCAACAUUACCAAGCCAAAAGUCGAGGCGGCAGAGGCGAAAUGA